ACCGGAAAUAGAUGUGUCGGACAUUUUGUUAUGCAAAUUACAGAAGAUAAAGCGUAAUAUUUACACACCUAAAGAGGUUUACGGAUGAAAAAUUUGCCUGCAAAAAACAAACAUUGCUUGGUCAGAUGCACAUCGAAGGCAUUGAGAGUCAAAUCACCCUUGCAUUUGUAUCAGAACCACACAGACCAAGCUGGCACAGUUAAUAACAAAUUUAUACAGAAAAAAGUACUGGGACUGUGGAUAGUUAGAUUACUUCAGCAGAUAUAUUGAUAAAACUGUACACUGUUCUUGUACAUUUACUAUCAUGCUCAUCAUAAUAAUGGGUUCCAAUUAACCAUCUGACAUAGGCAUCUGCAGAGAGAGAAAACACACCAUAACUAGAUAAUAGAGAAUGGUUACAUCUUGCAACCAAAGAAGACAACCUUGGAGUUUGUAAAUUAUAAUAGACUUGUGAAUAAAUCCAGCUUCAAAGAAGAGUUAAAUACAUACCAAGUGAUGUAAACUUUUACAGUUAGUCAGAGUAAAGAAAAUGUGGAGAAACAAGGGUGGUCGGGUGAGAAGAAGAGGUGGCUUUGCUAGAGGACAAGGCAGACAGUUCAGUAGAAAUGAUCAACAUACUAGUGAUAACCGAAGGAGAGAUGAGUUAAGGGACAGUAACUGGACUGGGUUUGAAGAUAACUGGCAGGACAGUAGAGACAAUGUCAGAAAUUUCAGACAAGAUUCUAUGGAGUAUAACAUAGAUCAAGGUAGAAUUGGUAGAUCAGAAGAAGAGAACAGAGUAGACAGUUAUGUUGUUGACGAUAGAGGCAUGUAUCCAGAUGUUCAUAGAUCAGGUUUUGCCAUCUUGGAUGACACCUUACAAUAUAGAGACCAAGAUAUUGACAGAACGAACAUUGUGGAAGAUACAAGAGAAUAUAGUGGAAUCAAUGACAGAAAUAAUGACAUUUACUGGGUAGAUAGAAGGCCACAAGAACUAGACAGUUUUAGGAAUACGGACCAAGACUUAAGAACAAAUGACUUCUAUAGGAGUAGGGAGUCAACAGAUUUUCAUAUUGAUACCUUAAACAGAUAUGAUAGGGACUUAAUAAAUGAUCAGUCUGAUGUCAGGGUGACAGAAUAUCAUCAUGGUAGGCAAGAUAACUUUGGAGACAGGGGAAUUGGGCAUCAUUCUGACAUUACCAGAAAUCAGUCUGACCACAGACCCAAAUUUGCUAGAGGUGACAAUGAAGGUGUUGGUGAAAGGAGCGGCAGAUGGGUUGCAAGACCUAAUUUGAAAGAUGAAAGAUAUAAUGAUAAGAAACCUGCAAUCAAAACCAACCAUAAACAGGACAAUAGGUCAGAUACUAAGGGACAGCAUGGUUCAAGGUCACUUGAUAGGUCAUACAGUGGUAAAAGACAAGAUUCAGCAAAUAGAAGCAAUACAGGAAAUAAAGGAAAUACUUUUAGUGCAACUUCGAAGUUUAAUGUUGGAAAAAACAAAACAAACAAUAGUGGUGAAAGGAGUGGCCAUAGGAGUGAAACUGACUCUAAACAUGAACACAAAAAGCCAAGACAAAAAGAAGACAAGAAAUCCAGUGUAAGUGAAAUAAAAGGCAAUAAAUCUUCAUCUGCAAAAAACAAAAACAAUCAAAACACAUCUGAUAGUUCUAAAAAUGUCCACAGUAAGCAUGAUUCAGACAGGAAGCAGAAAGCUAAUAGUUCAGACAAGAACAGAGAAGAUGGAAAGAAGAAAAGCUCUAGCAGCACAAGGGCCGAAAGUGGUAGCUUCAAGAAACCAGGAGAUAUGCAGCAUCAGCCCAGACCGAGGAGUAAUUCAGGUAGGAAAAUGGAGAGUGAUCUUGGACAUUUUCAUGAUGAAGAUAUUUUAAGUAUCAUGGCAGAUGAUGAUGGAUUUGAAAGUGAAAUGAAAACGUUUACAAAUACUGGUGGGCGCAAUGAAUCAAGAAACAGAGGAAGCAGAGAUCAGGCAAUUUCUUCUGAAAACAGUAGAAGUAUGGACAGAGGAAGUCAUGAAAGAAAACCAUUUAGCAGAGACAGAGGUAGUGGUAAACAGCAGCAACACAGCAGAGAUAGAGGAAGUGGUGAAGGACAGCAACACAGCAGAGACAGAGGUAGUGGUAAACUGCAGCAACACACCAGAGACAAAGGAAGUGGUGAAAAACAGCAACACAGCAGAGACAAAGGAAGCGGUGAAAGACAGCAACACAGCAGAGACAGAGGAAGUGGUGAAAGGCAGCAACACAGCAGAGAAAAAAGUGGUGAAAGACAACAACGCAGCAAAGACAGAGUAAGUAGUGAACGACAACAAUUCAACAGAGACAGACUAAGUGGUGUUGGACAACAACACAGCAGGGACAGAGUAGGUGGUGUUGGACAACAACAGAGCAGAGACAGAGUAAGUGGUGUUGAACAACAACACAACAGAGACAGAGUAAGUGGCGUUGGACAACAACACAGUAGGAACAGAGAAAGUGGUGAACAACAACAACACAAUAGAGAUAGAGAUAAUAAGUGUGAUUUAAACAUUAAACCUGCCUUUGACAAGUCUAUCAAGGCAAAUACAAGACGAUUUGGUGAAGCUCAUCAGAAUGUAAAUAAAUCUCCACAAUACAGAAGUCCAGCAAGAAUCCAGAAUAACAUAAGAAACACAAGUGGUACGUCUGCUCACAGAUUCAGACCUGAUGUUAGUCAAGGUAACAGACAUAAAAACAAUAGACAAGAGUUCAGUCAGACAGGUAGAAAUAACAAUAACACUGUAGGUGGCAGAUCCAGGUUUUUUGUUGCUUCAAAAAUCAAGGACUCUUACCUGAAAAGAAGAAAGACAUUUCAUGGAGUUGGAAACCAAAAAAAUGGUAAUAGGCAAAGUUCAGACCCAUUAAAUGUUCACAACAUGUCUCAUUCAGCACAGCAACAAAAACAUGGUAAGAAUGAAGUAGGUAUGACGGGGACAAUUUUAAAGGAUGAUAGGAUUAGAGAAAAUAGCAGGUUAUUUGAUAUAAGAAAUAGAGAUAGAGGUAGACAUGAUGAUAAUGAUAAAAGCUUUGGAUCCUUUCCAUUUAGACAAAAUGAUUCUGGAAAUUUCUCGGGGAAUGUAUUACAAAGGGAAGGGGCAAAAUUUGAUGAUAAUGAAAGGUUUCCUAGUAGGCCAUUUGAAUCAAGGGGUUUAGCAUCUCAAAGGGUGAAACAGAAAUAUUUUAGAGGAGGGUUUGGUCAAAAUAGAAAUAAUUCUAGAGGCUUUAGAGGUGGACAAAAGAAUCGUGGUAGGAAAAAGGGAGAGAGAAACAGACAGUGGGACAGGAGGUCUGUGGUAGAUAAGAACAAUUACUCGGGUUUGAGAGAACAAGAUGAUAUUCCCAAAACUGAACAGCAGUUACAUGAUCAGUCAUUGGAGCCUGAUCAACAGCAGAUUAUAUUUUUACCCAAUGCAGAUAUGCAGUCAGGACAGCAACAUGUUAUUGAUCAGUUUGGACAAAUCAUUUUAAAGCCAGAGAUAGAUGCACAACAAGGUGAAGAACAGGUCCCGAUUCAGUAUUUGCCACAGCAGUUCCAUCCUGAUGGAGUUCCACCAGGUGAACAAGUUGUUUUCAUUCCAUUUGUCAAUAAUCAGGUGCCACCUGGGUAUUCUGAAAAUCUUCCAUUGGCUUAUGAUGAGCCCCCCAACUUACCAGAUGAAGGCAUUUUCAUGCCUGGAGAAAGACAGGGACAAAAUACUGCAGUGUCUAGUUCGAAAGUAGAUGCUCGAAAAAUGAAGCCAUUGUCUAAACAAGCAAGGGCAAAAUUAAGGAGAUCUCUUGAAAUAAAAAGAAAGCAAAGAAUGGAAAAAGAAAUUGAGAAAAAAUUACUUAGAAAAUUAUUGAGAAAUCCAGAUGUUAACAAAGCAGUGAGAGAAAGUAGUGAAGUGAAAAAGAAACCAUUUAUAAAACGUAUUUCUCCACCAGGUGCAAAUAAACAUAAUCAGAGUGAUAAGAAAUACAAAUUGGUAAGGAGGGGUAAUAAUUCAGGUGAAUUAGAAGAUGUGAGUGAAGAUGAGGCCAAGUAUGACAAUGUAAGCGAUCUAGAGGAUGUGUCUGAGUUUGAAGAUGCAUAUGAAGGAAAUGAUGAAUUUGAAUCAACACAAGGGAAAAGACCAGUUUUCAGGAAACCUGGUCAGCCUAGAAAAAAUAAGAAUGUUUCAGAAUCUUUUAGGGAUAUGAAUGCAGGAGAUAUUCGUAGAGUUGUGGACCAAAGUUCACAUCAGCAAGAUAAUAGACAUGCUUUGAAAAGAAAUGAACAGUCAGCAAAAGUAAAUCAAGUUGACUCUAAACAAAAGUUUAAACAAGGUGAAAAGAGUAGAAGGUCAGUUUAUAUUGAAAAUUCAGAUGAUAAUAUUGAAAAUGUUACUGGCCAGAAACGUGUAAGUGAUAGUGCUAUGUAUGAAAAUAAACCUUUAAUAAAAAAGCGAAGAUCAAUUAGUCCUAUUGAAAUAACUGUAAGUAAUGAUAGGUAUUCAAAGACUACAUCUAGAGGUUCUGGAAAUGAGAACCUUGAUGAAAAGUAUGAUUCAAGUAAGAGAAAAGAUGAAAGAAAAUUGGAUUACAGACAAAGAUACUCCGAAGAAGGGAACUCUGAAGGAAGAUUUGAACGAACCAAGAAUGAAAGAAGAAAUGAGUACAAGAAAGAAAAUGAUGACAGACAUAAAGGUGGCAAAGAAAGAGAGAAACAAAGAUAUGAAGACAAAGACAAAAGACCACCACAGAAGAGUGACCAAGCAGACAGAGAAGAGAAACAAUAUAGAAAAGAUAGAAAUUAUCAUUCCAGUAGUGAUGCAGAUGAGAAUUACAGAAGGAAAGACCAUUCAGAGUCUUGGGAGAGGGAACAAAGCAGCUCAGGUAAGUAUAGUGAUAAUAAAAGCUAUAGAAAAGAUGAAGAAAAGGAUAGAAACAGGUAUAAAAAAGAAAGAAAUUACAAUAAAAAUGAAGAUGUGAAAGAUAAAGAUGAUGAAAGAAGUGAUAAAAAUGAUGAAAAUAGGGGCCAUGGUUCAGGUAGAAGAGGUGAAGAUCCGUGGCCAAAUAGGAGUGAUCGAGAUGAAAGAAAACGAGACAGAAGUAGGGAAAGGAAUAGGAAUGAAAGAAGAAGCACAAGUAGAGAUAGAAGCUUACCUGAAGACAGAAGCACGGUCCACAGAAGAGAAAGAAAUAGGGUUGAUAAUCAAGACCAGAGGUCAAACAGAAGUAUGCAGCAAGGUAAUAACUUUGUGUCAAGUAUGAGUCAACACCAGUUUCAAAUGAACCAGCCUUUGAUGCAACAGUCAAUGCAGCAUCAGCCUUUCAUUACUGCACAGUCCCAUUCCAUGCCAUUACAUGGUCAGUCCGUGAUGCAGUUUUCGAAUUCAGGCAACACUGUAGACCAUAGUUUACCACCUGUACAGAAUUCACCAAUGUCAAUGCCUCCGUUCCCUCCACCAAAUUUAGGUGCCGGACCAGACAUGUCAUUACCACCUCCAGUAAUGGUCGGAACACCAACAUCCAUGUCAACAAUGGUCAUUCAGCAACAGCCAAAUUCUGUACAAUUUCAGCAGCAGCCAAUGCAGCAGAUGAGCAUGCAACAACAACCAAUGCAGCAGCAGCAGUUUCAAAACAUGCAGCCACAGUUUCAGCAGCAACAAUUUCAGCAGUUGCAAUCACAGCCACAAAUGAUUCAGCAGCAGUCAAAUUCAUCCAAUUUUCAGUCUCAUCAACCUGCAUUUCACACUAACUUGCAAUCUAGUCAACAAAUACCAUUGCAACAAAUGCCAUCAGGUCAAUUCCAGCAGACGCAGUCUGGUGUUACAAUGAUGUCAGUCAAUCAGAAUCGAAUGCAAAACCAACAGACUAGUACAUUGAACCAAGGUCCGCCAGGAACAAAUCAGCAGAGUAUUCAAACUUCUGGGAACCAGCAAUUUGUUGCUACUACUCCUCAACAAGCAGUAAGAGGGGUGAUUGGAACACUUAAACCAACAGUUGAUGGUUCUAAAACCGUAAUACGCACCCAGCCAGUUCGUAUCGCAGCCAGUAUGAAUCAGGUAAGUCGUUCACCUACAGUGUCAAGGAGACCAGUCAAUACAAAACAAAGCAGUUUUGUUCAAGGUGGAAGUAUUGGCAGUCAUUACCAUGAUGAUGAAAAUGAAGUUGAUGAUGAUGAUUUUCUGGAAAUGUUGUGCUCCAAGUGUGAUAAGGUAUUCCUUUCCCAUGAAGUGAUGAGAAGACAUGGCAGAUGGCAUGAUAUGGUGGAAAGCAACAACAAAAACUGGAGAUGUGACCAGUGUGAACAGGGGUUUUCAUCUUCAUCUGGUUAUGCUGAACACAUGUCAGUAAAGCAUUCAAGAGAUUCAUGGAAUUGCUCCUUGUGCGAUAUGUCAUUCUCCAACAGUAGUGGGCUCAACAGACACGUGAGGCAUACUUCUCAUAAAGACUUGAAGGUAAAGUUUGUUUGUUCUCUGUGUCCUGCAUCAUUCAUGGUGCUAAUGCAUCUAGUUCAACAUAAGAAGGAUAAUCAUCAGUCAAAUAUGGGCUAUUCAGGUUUAAGGAAAUACUGAAAACCUAACAUAUGAACCACAAGAAUUGAAAAAAUGGUAAGUAUUGAACAUAGGCAGAAAUUUUUAUUAACUUAUAAUUCAUUUAGCUUUUAUUUCUCAAAAAUUAGACUAACAAUUAAUAGGUUUUUUUGUGUGUGUGUUUUUUUUUUUUCCACAAAAAAAAAUAUUGUGAAAAUUUGGCUGGCAAAAAUUUUAAAGAUAAUUUAAUAGUAUUUAUACUAUGCAGUUUAUUACAAGGAAAGCAUUAAUGUUGAUGAGAAAGAGGUAAGUACAAGUAAGUAUAAUUAAGAUUGGAUUUUAACUGAGGCAUUUGAAGAUACGGUUAUAGGGAAGAUAAACAACAGAAUUGCAGAGAUUGAGAUCAGGAAAGGAAGGAUUAAGGAAAAAGGAUCAGUCCCUUUCACUGCUGAAAUAGAAAAAUAGCCAGCAGGAUAAUUAUGGAAACUUGAAUAAGACAUCAACUAAAAUCAAACAAGUUAGAAAAUAGGCUGCUGAACUGUGGAGGAGGAAACUGCUGCUGAAAUAGAAAAUGAAAAGAUCCUACUGGAAGUCUAAAAGGGCUGGACGAGGGAAAGGAGUACUUCAGGAAACAAAAAAGAAUGGAAUAAGCUGCUGAAUACUUUAGUUUGAGAGAAAAGGGACCAUUGCCACAAUCACAUUAGCUGUCAGAUUUGGAGACUGAUACACAAAUGAAUUAAAUAGAAGUUAGUUUUGAACAUGUGAAUUUACACUUGAUUUACAAAGAUUCAUAAUUGGGUAAAGAACAGACUGCAACCUGAUAAGUCAAAGUCAAACACAAACUGGAAGUAAGAGCAGAGCUUUCUGUUUGUAAAAGUAAAAUGUCAAUUAAAAAAAAACAUGUAAAACUAUGACUGUUCUCAAUUAAGAUCUAAAAUGAGGAAAAAACGUAAGAGUUUUAAUUAAGUACCAGUAGAAAGGAAGAUAACUGCAAACCACAAAUUAGAUGAUGGUUUGCAAAAUGCGUAGAGGAAUGACAACUUGCUAAAUUAACAUUGAAUAAUAGUAAAGGAUUUUUCAGUACGAUGUUCAUUGUGGAGAAGAAAUGAGAGGACAUUCUGAAUUGCAUUUGCAAGAAAGAUCAGUAUCAGGUUUUUAGAAUGUUGACCAAUUACCACAAAGGUUACCAAGAAACAUCGGUAUCCGGUUUUUAGAAUGUUGACCAAUUACCACAAAGGUUACCACGAAAAAAAAGGCAUGUGGAAGGAUUCUUCAUUGAGAUACUUCAGAAAUUUUAUUUGACUGCCUUAUGCCUUCCAACUUGUUUGCAGUAAUAUUUCCAAACAGUAAACUGGAGAAAAAUUGAAUCUGUUUUCAUUAGAGUUUUAAGAUGAGGGAAAUUGAUAAUUUACUAUAUAGAGUCAAAUGAAUGGAAAUAUAAUAACCUGAUUGUAAAUGCCCUCAGUUUUCACCAUUCUCUUAAACAAACUGUCAUGGUGACACGAAAUGGAAAUUGUUAAAUUUUGGCAUGAUAGAAUCUGCAGUAUAUAUUUUGGCUUUCUGGGAUUGAAAUUGGAAAUGGAGCAUUGCUAAAGAUACAAAUGGCAGAAAUGUUCAUCAUUAAAGGUAUUUUUUGAUAAGGUAAGUAACAGGGAUGGUAGGUUAAACCCAACACUCGUCAUGAUAUUAGGAGCAAAUAUUUUCAUAGGUUAGAUACACAAAUUGAAUUUAAUGGGCAAUACAUAUUUUCUUUCUUUCUUGAGGCUUUGAUAUGCAUGUAAAAUAUUUCUUUUUAAUACAUUCCAUACAAGGUCUGGAGUAAAUUAGAUUUUUGUGCCUUGCUGGCUAACAUCUGUAAAUGGUGCGUCUCAUUGAAAUACUUGUAUUGCCGAGUUUGGCCCUUGAUUUUGUCAUUUAAAUGAUUUCUAAAUGUGCUAAAAAAAAUUAAACAUUUUUUACUUUGUAUAUACAUGUAUAUAUUUUUGUGCUGUUGUUUUUGUUGGAAUUUAGUUAAAAGUAUGCAUUAACUGUUUUGUCCUGUGGGUUGAAGAACCAAGAGGCAUAUAGUGUUUCAACUGUCCGUCUAUCCAUCACACUUUUUUGUGUUCUCUACAUGAAAUGGACAUCACAUAUUUUCAAUACUUUCAUCUAUAAAUUGUUUUAUGACUUGGCCAUUUAGCCAUUUUGCAACCACAUCUGCACUGUGGAUACUCUUCUCCUGCAGGUCCCAUCCAAUAAAAAUGGAACUUUGUAGUUAUCACCAGCAUGUAGUAGAUACGCAGAAUUACUGGGAAUUUCAUGUCAGGUUCUUAUUUUAGCUAGGCUGUUCAAAGAAUAGGUAUUGCUAUUGGACUCGCCCAUUCGUCAGCAUCACAAUUUAGUUAUUAAGUUUUUGUGUAUAAGCUUGUAUCUCAGGAACAACUUAUGGGAAUAGAGUGAAACUUCACACAAUCACCAUGAUAAACUGACUUGCACUGCACAGGUUUCUUAAUUGUACCCCCCGACAACAAAGUUGUAAGGGGGGGUAUACUGGUUUCAGGUUGUCCGUCUGUCCGUCUGGUCGUCUGUCCGUAGACGCAAUCUUGUGCGCACCAUCUCUCCUUAUCCCCUUGACAGAAUUUAAUGAAACUUCACACAAGUGAUCAGUACCAACAAUAGUUGUGCAUGGGGCAUGUUAGGUUCUUUUAGAAAAAAAAUUUGCAGAGUUAUGGGACUUUGUUUUUUUGUUACUAUACUAUAUAAAUAGACACAAUCUUGUGCGCACCAUCUCUCCUCAUUCCCUGGACACAGUUUAAUGAAACUUCACACAAGUGAUCAGUACCAACAGUAGUUGUGCAUGGGGCAUGUUAGGUUCUUUUAGAAAAAAAUUUUGCAGAGUUAUGGGACUUUGUUUUUUGUUACUAUACUAUAUACAUAGACACAAUCUUGUGCGCAGCAUCUCUCCUCAUCCCCUUGACACAAUUUAAUGAAACUUCACACAAGUGAUCAGUAACAACAGUAGUUGUGCAUGGGGCAUGUUAGGUUCUUUCAGAAAAUUUUUUUCCAGAGUUAUGGGACUUUGUUUUUUUGUUACUAUACUAUAGACAUAGACACAAUCUUGUUGGCACCAUCUCUCCUCAUCCCCUUGACACAAUUUAAUGAAACUUCACACAACUGAUCAGUAACAACAGUAGUUGUGCAUGGGGCAUGUUAGGUUCUUUCAGCGACAAAAAUUGCAGAGUUAUGGGACUUUGUUUCUUGUUAACAUACUAUGUACAUACAGUAUGCAUAUGCAAUCUUGUGCAUGCCUAAUCUACCAAACCCUUGCACACAAUUUAAUGAAACUUCACACAAGUGAUCAGUACCAACCCUAGUUGUGCAUGGCGCAUGUUACAUUCUUUUAGAUAAAUAUUCUGCAUAGUUAUGGGACUUUGUUUUUUGUUACUAUAAUGUAUACAUACAGUCUAUAUACAUACAGUCCACAUAAUUAUGCAGUCUUGUGUGUGUCAAAUUGCAAUGUACUGUGUCAGUGCAUGUGGGGGGUACAUUCAUCACCUUUAGUGAUAGCUAUAGUUGUAUUUUGUUUUUUUUCCCAGAAUUAUGCCCCUUUUUCCGACUUAAAAAUCUGCAAUUUAAGCUAAAAUCUUAGUAACCACAAAAUAAUGGGAAUGGAUUGAAACAGCACACACUUGUCCUCUAUGAUGAGCUAACAUGCAUUUUACAGGUCCCAAAACUCUUGUUUCGCAUUUGUACAAAAAUAUGCCCCUUUUUUGACUUAUUCAAAUAAGAUUCUUUAUUAUAUUAAUUCAGUUAACUUUCUUAAAUGACAAAGCUGUUGAAUAGUCGAGUGUUGCUGUCCUACAACUGCUCUUUUUUUAGUUUUCCCCUGUCUUGACUAUACUUUGUUUUAGUUAGCAUUUUUAGGGGACAUGUGUCAUACAAUGUUGACAUCAUUUUUGUUUGUUCAUUCUUUUUAAAUUUCUCUUUUAGCUAAAUCAAAAUGGCCAUCAUGUUAACAAUAUUUCCUGUAAAAUAGCGGGAUUUUCAGAUUGAUGCAAGUUGUUAUUACAUAGUGGAGUGGGAUAAUAUUUUCAUUCAGUAAAUGCUUAGGAACUUGCUAAUCUUUGAUCAAAAAUAACAUAGUUAUUGUUUGACCACAAGCUUCAGUUGAUUUAUAUAUGAUUUCACUGACUAUUUUCAAUAUUUUAGCUAAUGUUAGGGGGCAGGGGAGGUGUUAGACAUUUCAUUACCAUUCAUAAACAGACACUGUCAGACAGUCUGCUAUAAGUUGUUCAGUAAAGUUGUGGUAAAUAAAUUUUACAGAGAAAAGCUAGUUUUUUUUUCAAGUAAUCUAGUGUUGAAGAAAUUUUUUAGCUAAAUAGGCAGAUGAAAAGUUUAAAAUUGUUCCUCAUAUGUGUGGUUAAUACCACUCAUAACUUUAAUACGAAGGGUAUCCCAGAACAAGCAAUUUCUACAAAUUGUUACUGUUUUUAAUAAAAUUUACUGAGCACAGUAUUCACUUUUGACUUGAGCAGUAUUUUUGUUUUUGUCAUGUCACCAUAGUAACUUACUGUUAAAAAAGCUAAGCAAUUUAAGUUAUGAACAGUGGCCAAUUUUCAUUAAUAUUUAAAUAUUUAAAGGGGCAUGUUUAUAGGUUAAUGUUAAAUUUAUUGAAUAUUUAGAAAGUAUUUAUGAUAAUUAAAAAGGAAUUGAGUUUUUAGCUCACCUGAGCACGA